GCUGCGCCUCGCGGUGGCAUCUCCGCAGGGUCCUGCGACGGCUGCCGUGGGCUCUCAGAGCCCGGAAGUUACGUUAUUGGCGCGCGUCACGGGGCGGGAGUCAGCUGAGCCGCUGGGGCGAGGUUAGGGUCACCUGGGACUGGCCGAAGGGGGCUUGUGAUCUUUUGGGGGCAGGAGUAGGGUGCAAAGCUGCGCUCGAUCUUCUCGCACUAUAAGGCGAAAGCAAGAAGAUCCUCAGGAUUCUAAAGAAGGAGCAGCGGCAGCAGGUUCCCAGGAUCUGUCAGAGGCCAAGGAGUCACAGCUUCCAAUCUGGGGAGACGAGGAUCCCCAGGGGCAGCCCUGUUGUGAUCUCCGGGCCCCCGACGGAGGGCCCAGAGGCCGGGCAUCAUGGCGUCCAUUCUGGAUGAAUACGAAGACUCGCUGUCUCGUUCAGCUGUCUUGCAGCCUGGAUGCCCGAGCGUGGGCAUUCCCCACUCGGGGUAUGUGAAUGCCCAGCUGGAGAAAGAGGUACCCAUCUUCACCAAGCAGCGCAUUGACUUCACUCCUUCAGAGAGGAUCACCAGUCUUGUUGUCUCCAGCAAUCAGCUGUGCAUGAGCCUGGGCAAGGACACACUGCUCCGCAUUGACUUGGGGAAGGCAAAUGAACCCAACCAUGUGGAGCUGGGGCGCAAGGAUGAUGCCAAGGUUCACAAGAUGUUCCUGGACCAUACUGGCUCUCACCUGCUGAUUGCUCUGAGCAGCACCGAGGUCCUCUAUGUGAACCGAAAUGGACAGAAGGUACGUCCACUAGCACGCUGGAAGGGGCAGCUAGUGGAGAGUGUAGGUUGGAACAAGGCACUGGGCACUGAGAGCAGCACAGGCCCCAUUCUGGUUGGGACUGCCCAAGGCCAGAUCUUCGAAGCAGAGCUCUCAGCCAGCGAGGGUGGGCUUUUUGGCCCUGCCCCAGAUCUCUACUUCCGCCCACUGUAUGUGCUAAAUGAAGAAGUGGGUCCAGCACCUGUGUGCUCACUGGAGGCCGAGCGCGGCCCUGAUGGGCGUGGCUUUGUUAUAGCCACCACUCGACAGCGCCUCUUCCAGUUCAUAGGUCGGGCUGCAGAGGGGCCUGAGGCCCAGGGCUUCUCAGGGCUUUUUGCAGCCUACACAGACCACCCGCCCCCAUUCCGUGAAUUUCCCAGCAACCUAGGCUACAGCGAGUUGGCCUUCUACACCCCUAAGCUGCGCUCUGCGCCCCGGGCCUUUGCCUGGAUGAUGGGGGAUGGCGUGUUGUAUGGUGCAUUGGACUGUGGGCGUCCUGACUCCCUGCUCAGCGAGGAACGAGUCUGGGAGUACCCAGAGGGGGUAGGUCCUGGGGCCAGCCCACCCCUAGCCAUCGUUUUGACCCAGUUCCACUUCCUGCUGCUGCUGGCAGACCGAGUGGAGGCAGUGUGCACACUGACCGGGCAGGUGGUGCUGCGGGAUCACUUCCUGGAGAAGUUUGGGCCCCUGAAGCACAUGGUGAAGGACACCUCCACAGGCCAGCUGUGGGCCUACACCGAGCGGGCUGUCUUUCGCUACCACGUGCAGCGGGAGUCCCGGGAUGUCUGGCGUACCUACCUGGACAUGAACCGCUUUGAUCUGGCCAAAGAGUACUGUCGAGAGCGUCCUGAUUGCCUGGACACAGUCCUGGCUCGGGAGGCUGAUUUCUGUUUUCGCCAGCGUCGCUACUUGGAGAGUGCCCGCUGCUACGCCCUGACCCAGAGCUACUUUGAGGAGAUUGCCCUCAAAUUCUUGGAGGCUCGACAGGAGGAGGCUCUGGCUGAGUUUCUACAGCGAAAACUGGCUGGUUUGAAGCCAGCUGAGCGUACCCAGGCCACACUGCUGACCACCUGGUUGACAGAGCUCUACCUGAGCAGGCUCGGGGCUCUGCAGGGUGACCCAGAGGCCUUGACCCUCUAUCGGGAAACACGGGAACGCUUUCGUGACUUCCUGAGCAGCCCCCGCCACAAGGAGUGGCUCUUUGCCAGCCGGGCCUCUAUCCAUGAACUGCUUGCCAGUCAUGGGGACACUGAGCACAUGGUGUACUUUGCAGUGAUCAUGCAGGACUACGAGCGUGUGGUGGCAUACCACUGCCAACACGAGGCCUACGAAGAGGCCCUGGUUGUGCUUGCCCGCCACCGUGACCCCCAGCUCUUCUAUAAGUUCUCACCUAUCCUCAUCCGUCACAUCCCCCGCCAGCUGGUAGAUGCCUGGAUUGAGAUGGGCAGCCGGCUGGAUGCCCGGCAGCUCAUCCCUGCCCUGGUGAACUAUAGCCAGGGUGGUGAGGCCCAGCAGGUGAGCCAGGCUAUCCGCUACAUGGAGUUCUGUGUGAACGUGCUCGGGGAGACAGAGCAGGCCAUUCACAACUACCUACUGUCUCUGUAUGCCCGUGGCCAGCCAACCUCACUGCUGGCCUACCUUGAGCAGGCUGGGGCCAGCCCACACCGGGUGCAUUAUGACCUCAAGUAUGCGCUGCGGCUCUGUGCUGAGCAUGGCCGCCAUCGUGCUUGUGUCCAUGUCUACAAGGUCCUGGAGCUGUAUGAGGAGGCUGUGGACCUGGCCCUACAGGUAGACGUGGAUUUGGCCAAGCAAUGUGCAGACCUGCCUGAGGAGGAUGAGGAACUGCGCAAGAAGCUGUGGCUAAAGAUUGCACGGCAUGUGGUGCAGGAGGAGGAAGAUGUGCAGACAGCCAUGGCUUGCCUGGCCAGCUGCCCCCUGCUCAAGAUUGAGGAUGUGCUGCCCUUUUUUCCUGAUUUUGUAACCAUCGACCACUUCAAGGAGGCCAUCUGCAGCUCGCUUAAGGCCUACAACCACCACAUCCAGGAGCUGCAGCGGGAGAUGGAAGAGGCCACAGCCAGCGCCCAGCGCAUCCGACGAGAUCUACAGGAGCUGAGGGGUCGCUAUGGCACUGUGGAGCCCCAGGACAAAUGCGCCACCUGCGACUUCCCCCUGCUCAAUCGCCCUUUUUACCUCUUCCUCUGUGGCCACAUGUUCCACGCUGACUGUCUGCUGCAGGCUGUGUGGCCGGGCCUGCCUGCCUACAAGCAGGCCCGGCUGGAGGAGCUGCAGCGAAAGCUGGGGGCUGCCCAACUCCCAGCCAAGGGCUCUGCCCGGGCCAAGGAGGCUGAUGGUGGGGCUGCCACUGGGGGGCCCAGCCGGGAACAGCUCAAAGCUGACCUUGAUGAACUGGUGGCCGCUGAGUGUGUGUACUGUGGGGAGCUGAUGAUCCGCUCUAUUGAUCGGCCCUUCAUUGACCCCCAACGCUACGAGGAGGAGCAUCUCAGUUGGCUGUAGGAAGAUGUCACUGAUGGAAUGGGAGCAGCUACCUGACUCCUCUUGGAAAAGCCAUUCCCUAGUCUGUGCUCAUUUCUCUUGUGAUUGCUGGACUGUGACCACAUGGAGGGAGUAGAAUUAGAGCUGUUGUCUGUGAGGUGUCAGGUAGGAGUGUACUCUGUCAGUUUGUGCUGGUCAUCCGACCUGCCUUAGAGCUGCUGUUACACUAGGCCAUCUGCCUGCCUCCCAGUAGAGGGCCUUAGCCCGGAGAAGUCAGAAAUCUGACCCCAGCACCAUGCUCCUGCAUCUAGCAGCUGUUUUGUACUUGUCACUCCCCAUACACAUCUUGUUCACUUCUAGAGUUCUAGAGUGAGAAGACUCUUCCUUCUUUUCACUCUUUGAUCUCUAUACCUCUAGCUCUCCUUCCUCAGAGAAAGCCUUUUCUUCUGUCUGCCCCUAGGUGUCCCAGAAGAAAAAAAGGCAGCCCUCAAGUCCUGAGCAUUGUUCUGGAAAGGUGGUGCUAAUGGUGGGUGUGCUCUUGUGCAGUCUGGGGAUCCUGUGUGAGGGGUGCCCUGGGGCCGAGGGCCUAAUGGAGGACAGUGGGCAAUGGUGACCAGGGCAAGGGGGGAGGGGGACAUUAAACUGUCUGCACUGCA